GUUGCUCCGCCCAUCCAUCCUAUCGGGCUUUUUACCCUAUUGCAUCCAUUUUUGAGCAUUCAAGAAAUCUCCAAGAAUUAUCCACCAGGAGAGAACCAGGGGGAGCGAGAGAGGCAAGAGGACGCAAACAACCGCAAGAAGGGAACGAGGGCCCUGCGUUUGAAGAUGCGGCUAACCUCUCCCUAGAAGGACCAGCUAUGGGUUAGACUGGAUUUAACAUGACUGCGAAAUAAAAGCAAUUCCAUCUAAAGAUGUCUGCUCCAGUCGGGCCCCGGGGCGGCCCGACCGCUCCUCCUGCGGCGGAUGCCCCGUCGGACAUGCCGGACCUAAGCCACCUAACAGAGGAGGAAAGAAAGAUCAUCCUCUCUGUCAUGGACCGACAGAAAAAAGAAGAGGAGAAAGAGCAGUCCAUGUUGAAGAAGUUGCACCAGCAGUUUGAAAUGUACAAGGACCAGGUGAAGAAGAUCGGGGAUGAGGCCAAAACCACGACGGAGCCGAAGACUGACUCGCCCACCUGCGGCAUCUGCCACAAAACCAAGUUUGCCGACGGCUGUGGCCAUGUCUGUUCCUAUUGCCAAACCAAGUUCUGCGCCCGCUGCGGGGGACGGGUCUCUCUGCGCUCCAACAAGAAGGACAAAGUGGUGAUGUGGGUAUGCAACCUGUGCCGAAAACAACAAGAAAUCCUCACAAAGUCUGGGGACUGGUUCUACAGCGGCCAACAGCAAGGGACUGCUGAAGGGCGCCGGUUAGGACCUCAGACCAGAUUGGGCCCACGAGGUUCCGGUCCGGUCUCCCUUAGGAACGGCUCAUCCAUCGACAGGAAACGAAGCCCCUCUGCAUCCAGGGACCCCAACCAGGCGUACAACCAAAGGGAGGGGGGCGAGCACCCUCAGUAUGCAACGGUGGACGGUGGCAUGCCCCGAUCUCCGUCCGACUACGGGCGGGACCCGCGCCGCACCUCGCGGGGCUCCAGGAUGCACGACGGCACCGGGGGCUACCGUGACAGCCGCGGCCGCUGGCACUCCCAGGACUAUCCUCUGGACGCAGAAUUAGACGAGUAUGAGCUGCAGCGCCGGCGCGAGGAGGAGUACCAGGCCCGUUACCGCAGCGACCCAAACCUGGCACGUUACCCUGUCAAGCCGCAGCCCUACGAGGAGCAGAUGCGCAUGCACGCCGAGGUUUCGCGGGCACGCCACGAGCGUCGCCAUAGCGACGUCUCCCUUGCCUACACCGAGCUGGACGAGCCCAGCUUCAGCAGACAGUCACGCGCCACCCUGGCUGGACCGGGCCUGCGCUCCUACUCGGUGGACCGUACGUCGCCGGGCCAACGGACGUCCAACCACAGUCCCCCCACGCCGCACCGGAGCCCCGUGCUGGGCGGCGAGGGAGGUGGCCGGCGGGGGCUCGGCGACCCCCUCCGGAAGCCCGUGCCACAGCCACACCACCUGGACCCCAGCUCGGCCAUGCGGAGGACUAGCCGCGACUGCAAGACGGUCGACGGCGUGUUGCGCAACGACUCACUCAGCUCGGAUCAGUCGGAAUCGGUGGUGCGGCCAUCGCCGCCGCGGACGCAACGCAGCAAACGCAUGGACAAAAUGCGGCAGACGGGCAGCUUCAGCAGCUCCGAGGAGGAGCUGGCCACCACGCCCGAGUACACCAGCUGCGAAGACGUGGAGCUAGAAAGCCACAGUCAAAGGGGAAAAAGACAUACCAAUGAGCACGAGACGUUUUUUUUGGACGCGGCGUACGGCCUGUGUGAAAGGCAAAAGAAAAUGGUGCACUUCGGCGAGCGCUCCCUCGAAGAGGACGCCGAGUGGUGCGAGCCCCAAGUCAAAGACUCGGGCGUCGACACGUGCAGUAGCACAACGCUAAACGAGGAGCAUAGCCAUAGCGAGAAGCACCCGGUGACAUGGCAACCGUCCAAAGAUGGCGAGCGCCUAAUAGGGCGGAUUUUGCUAAACAAGCGGAUGAAAGAUGGCACCGUGCCCAGAGACACAGGGGCACUUCUGGGCCUGAAGGUGGUUGGAGGGAAGAUGACAGAAUCUGGUAGACUUUGUGCUUUCAUCACUAAGGUGAAGAAAGGGAGUCUAGCAGAUACUGUUGGGCACCUCCGACCAGGUGAUCAGGUUCUGGAGUGGAAUGGACGGGCCUUGCAAGGCGCCACGUUCAAGGAAGUUUACAAUAUCAUUCUCGAUUCCAAGCCGGAGCCCCAGGUGGAGCUGGUUGUCUCGCGGCCCAUCGGGGAUGUCCCUCGAAUACCAGAGAGCACACAUGGACAACUUGAAUCAAGUUCUAGUUCUUUUGAAUCCCAAAAGAUGGGCCCGGCCAUCUCAGUCACCUCCCCCAUGAGCCCUGGAAUGCUCAGGGACGCCCCUCAGUACCUAUCAGGACAGCUCUCAAGUCCAUGCCUUAGUAGAAGAACCACGCCUUUUGUCCCUAGGGUCCAGGUGAAGCUCUGGUACGACAAGGUGGGCCACCAGCUCAUCGUCACCGUCCUAGGGGCAAAAGACCUGCCUUCAAGGGAAGACGGGCGACCCAGGAAUCCCUACGUAAAAAUCUACUUCCUCCCAGACAGAAGCGAUAAGAGCAAGAGGAGGACGAAAACAGUGAAGAAGUCCCUGGAACCCAAGUGGAACCAGACGUUCAUGUACUCGCCCGUGCACCGGCGGGAGUUCCGUGAGCGCAUGCUGGAGAUCACGCUGUGGGACCAGGCACGGGUCCGGGAGGAGGAGAGCGAGUUCCUGGGGGAGAUUCUGAUUGAGCUGGAGACGGCUCUGUUGGACGACCAGCACCACUGGUACAAGCUGCAGACGCAUGACCUGUCCUCUAUGCCCCUGCCCAACCCUUCCCCCUACAUGCAGAGGAGGCUAAUGCAGGGGGAAAGCCCCACGCGCCGACUACAGAACAAAGGCCCAUAUUAUGGCAAUUCAGGAUCCCAGCGAAUCAGUGACAGUGAGUUCUCUGAUUACGACUGUGAAGACGGAAUUGGUGUAGUCUCAGAUUACAGACAUAAUGGCAGGGACUUCCAGAGCUCCACGCUAUCGGUCCCUGAGCAGGUCAUGUCGUCCAACCACUCCUCGCGGUCGGAUAUGAUCCGCACACGUUCGCGAUCCCCCAGCGUCCCUCCACCCCAAAGUCGGAGUUUGGACCAUGGUGUCAGAGGGGGACCUUCGCUCUACGGAACUGGCAGGAUGGAUCGGCAUCGCUUGUCAGAAGACCAUUACUCGCCCGACAGCCACUAUCUUACCCUACCUCCUCGAACCCGACAAAGACCGCCAAGCAUCGAUCCUUAUAAUCAGGAUCCCAGCAACGCACCCAUGUAUCCACUGUAUCGGGAAGAUGCGGUCAAGUUACUGCGCUCUACUAGGCUGGCCCGCGCGUAUUCGGAAGGGGCGGCGUACAAUAGUAUGGAAAGGAGGGGAAUAAGGGACAGGAGAAUGUCAGUCGCCCUCAGUGACUCAUUUGCAUCUCCAGAGAGAUAUUACAAUGGGCCCAGCCAGGUACCCACACCCUGGCCCAAUCCCGUCAUGAAUGGUAUCUGUGAUGACUAUAGUAGGGUCCCCAGGAUAGAAAUUGAGCCUUCCACAGAUCCAGAAAGAGAGGAUCUCAUACCAGAGUUUCCCAUCGCCCCAGGGCCCUUUGAGGAGGACUUAAGGGCAAACCCUCGAGGUGGAUCAGUCCAAACCAGCCCCUCAGGGACCCCGGUGUCCAGUCGAAGAGGUCGGCAGCUACCACAGGUCCCGCCGAAGGGGUCUUUAGACAGAAAACCUCCGCCACCCGCCCCUACUCCUGCUGCCUCCCCAGUUCCGCCCCUUACACCACAGGCUUCUUUGACAGAAACUGAGGAGAAACCUGCAGCCUCACAGCCUGUCAAUGGAAGAAAAGAGGUGACGUGGGAGGACCAGCAGAGAGGAGCCAAUGCCGAGGCUGUGGCUGAGAAUGGGGAUGCAGGCGGCCUGAAGGACCCACAGUCCAAGCGAGCCUUGGACUCCCUGUCCAUGAAGUCCUCGGACAGUGAUGUAAGCGACGUGUCCGCUAUGUCGAGCGCGUCUCGGCUUAGCAGCACGAGCUACAUGUCUGUCCAGUCUGAGAGGGCACGGGGAAACCGCAGGAUCAGGCCAGCAGCCGACCCCAAGCUGACCAAGAGCUCCAGCGUAGGCGGCGAGAUGUGCUCGCUGGGCCGCAACGACGACGACGAAGACGACAAGAAGCGGCGCUCCAGUUUCGGCGCCCGCAUGGCCGCCAUGGUGGGCCUGGGAAAGAAGAGCCAGAGCACGUCACAGCUGGACCCCGAGGAGGAGGAGAAGAAGAAGAAAGCGAUACGUUUGCCCAUCCAGAGGAGUGUGGAGACAGGGCUGGCCAUCGAGUUCAAGAGCCGGAUGACGCGACAGCCCAGUCGGGAGUCCGCUGAUGACGAGAAGGCCAAACCCGGAAACCUCAUCUUCCCUGGUGUCAAGAUUUCAUCUGACAGUCAGUUUACAGAGUUCCUGGAUGGACUAGGCCCAGCCCAGCUCGCUGGGAGGCAGACUCUGGCCACACCCCCAAUGGGCGAUAUCCAAAUCGGCAUGGUGCACAGGAAAGAGAGGCUUGAUGUGGAGGUCAUCCGAGCACGAGGCCUUGUGGGUAAACCAGGCAACAAGCAAACUCCCGCUCCCUAUGUUAAAGUCUACCUGCUGGACAAUGGCAAAUGUAUCAACAAGAAGAAGACGAGACUGGCCAGAAAAACUCUGGAUCCACUCUACCAGCAGCAGCUUCAGUUUGAAGAAACCCCAGAAGGGAAGGUUUUACAGAUUAUUGUGUGGGGAGACUAUGGACGCAUGGACCACAAAUCCUUCAUGGGCGCUGCCCAGAUCCUUUUAGAUGACUUAGAGUUGACCAACAUGGUCAUUGGCUGGUACAAACUGUUCCCGCCCACCUCACUGGUGGACCCGACCUUGGCACCUUUGACCAGUAAAGCGGCACAAGCCCCGCAAGGAGCCGGUUCCAAAGUACGGUCGUAGCGGCGUGGUUUAUAUCGUCGCCGUAGUAGCAACCAGCAAACGGAGAGUGAGACAGCCUCGACAGGUCGCGCUCCCCCCCCACCCCGCUCACACUGCAUGCUUGAUGUUGUGUCUUCUGAGCCCGCGUGAGAGGAGACUGGGAGAGGGGGGGGGGCCUCCCCGAAGCCGAACGGCGUUCACGCCGACGGAGACAAAAAAAAGCGCGCCACCCUCUUGUCAAGUGUCCCACGCCGGGGAAAAAAACUAAAACUGAAAAAAGAGGGGGUAAGAGUCCGGCGCGCGGAAGUGCUGGAAAAACAAGGGACUCGAGAGUGGGGCGCUUUCGGCGGGAAUUCAGCGGUCGCUAGAUUUUUCACGUCUAGUCAGAAGUUGCAGAGGGAGCGAAAAUAGAAAACAAAAAAAAGAACUGAAGUGAAACUAUAAGUGGAAGGAAACGGCAACAAAAAAUACUACUGCAGAGAACUGACAAACGAAUGAGUUCUACAGAAGCCCUGUUUUGACAAAAACAAGGAAAGAUACCCUUUUUUUGUCCUGCUGUGUUACUCGAAACGGGGUGUCAGUGUUCCUCGCCCCAGAGCUCUGAACUAGUAAAGCCACAUCUUCAAGCCCAGCUGUGAGGAAGAGAAGAAAACUUUCAAAGCCAUGUGGACAAUUCACAGAAGGAAAGGCUCGGACCGGAACAAGACACCCCAUAUGAAGACCCCAGCUACACAAUAACCAUAAUGUUUCCCAUUCCCCUCACACAGAUACACGCACGCACACACACACACACACACACACUGCCCACUGGAAAGUACAAGCCCUUACAAAAGUGAAGCUCGAGCCCUUUGGAGGAGAGUCGGAGUCAAUACCUGUGGCAGUUCCGGAACAGCCAUCAUUCCAGUGUCACCUGAGAACAACAACUUGAAAAACAAACACGGAACGCCAGCGUUCCACUAAGACUCUCUCUGUUGAUGUACUGUAUGAAAUCCAUAAAAAGAAUUUCCUUUCCUUUUGUUUUUUAUUUUCUGUUUGUUUGUUUUCCUUUUUAUUUUUGUUUCUUUUUGCAUGGAUGAAAAGUUACCUGUGCUGAAAAUUAAAAAAAAAAAAGUAUAAGGAAGAAUACUUUCCUUGAGGCUGCAACUUGCAAAAGAGAAAGAAAAAUGAAAAGAAAAUGAAAAAAAGAUGACAAAAACAGCCAUUUUCAGUUGUUGUUUCAAUUAUUUUUGAAUAAAAAAAAAAAUACUUCAACAGUGCAUGGUUAUCAAGGAGAGUGAAUGCAACAUGAUAAAGAUGUAAUUGUCAUCCUUUUAAUCAUUCUUCUGUAUUGUUACAGAUACCUAUGACACCGCAGCCUGAGGAUAUUUCUAUCGUGUUUUUUUUUUUUUUUAAACAUUUAAAACAACAAUUCUAUUCUGGGGCAGAGAAGAUGAAAUGAUAAAUAAUUACAUUACAUAUAGACAUUAUAUAUCAUGUGGCAGAGGUACAGGCCUUAAGGUGAAACAUCGCAAACUGUACAUUUUAAUUUGAAUCUGUUACUUUCAAUGGCCAUUUUUAAAAACAAUAAUACCUGUCACGCCCUCAUGGUGAAGAAAAUGCAGAUCCUCAUGUUGUUGUGCGCCCCAAACUCGUUGUUCGUCAAGCGAUCAUUCCAUUCAUUUCAACCAAGCAUGUUGAGAAAAAAAGGGGGUUUGCAACAUGGCUUGAAAACACUUUUCCAGGUAAUUCAGCAUGUUUUGAUAGAGACAAUGUUUGGGAAAUAUUUUGCAGUUUCUUGUACAGUGCAUGUGAACCUGAAGUCCUACAAUCCCGCCCCUGUCUUUACACAAACACACACAAAAAUACAUACAUACAUCAUACAUACACACACCCAUGCAUACACACAAACAGGCAAAUACAUACACAUGCACACCUCCCUCUCGCCCGAUUCUCCGAUUGUAAUCAACCACAGAUUUAGUUGGGGUUUACAUGGCUGAAGGUUCAGACAUUCAAGACAACAUUCCACCUCCUGGUACUCAUAAAGGAAAAAAAGAAAACGAAAAAUGAGUAUAAAGAACAUUUUAUAUUUAAUGGAGAUUGACUAGGAGAGAAAAAAUAUGUAAGGUUGCAAGUAUAUUUUAUUUUAAUAUUGUUAUAAAGAAAAUGAUAAAAUAAAAAAAAAAUGAUCCCAUGGUUCGGAGCCAUAGAAGGACUGCGAUGUGAGGAGUGAGUGGACUGGGUAGCGUUCUGUCUUGCUGUGAUGUUCAAAUGAACAUGCGCCGCUUGUCAAGGAAGAAAUGAAGCUCACUGUAUGUUUCAUGGGAUUGAGAAAAAUGCCACACAAUAUGAAUUUUUAAUUGUUUCUUGUUUUGAGAAAAUAAAAUACAUUUACUAUU